AUGACCGAUGGUCGCGUCAUGCAGGACGUUAUGCUUUCCAUGUCGGCGGGGAAUAUCCCUGCGACGAUGGCUGAGGCGAUUGGGAUCUUUUCCGCUACGGUGGAUUGGAUCCAGGCCGUUGUGGCGUGGCAUAAUAGCCAUAUGGAUGCUGGGCAGCAGACGGGCGGGCUGAUGAGCUCGCCUGAUGCGGCGUCUGUGUUUGAGACGCUGGGAAUUAUUCUUACGGCUUUGUCGGGGAAUGUGAAGGGCUUGGAGGUUCUUUCUGGGGAUUCUCAUGCAGCGCUGAAAAUCAAGCUGGGUCAAGCCCUGUCGGCGUAUCUUCCUCUCUGUGCAGAGGUAUCGCUUGGUCUUCGCGAUCGAUUGGCUAGCUUGCAAAAGGCGUUUAAUCUCUACGGAGAACCAAACUCGAAGGGCUUGGAUAUGUCCAUGAUGGACAGCGUCAAUGUUAAUGCGCUGCAGUUUGAGGCUUCCGUAAUGGAUGGACCUGUGGUGAAUUCCAGGGCUGGUCUCUACAUCUAUAUAAACGCCAUGCUGGUGGCUCGUCCUUUGGUGGACGACAACGUCCUGCUCAGCUAUCUCGCCAACCGAUAUGCUGGUCACUACGAUGCCUUGAUCGAGGAGAUAAUCACUGCUUCGUUCGAUGUCCUAUCUAAUGCGAUGUAUCGCAAUGAGUCGCACCGGACGAUGUUUGUGUUCCGGUCGUGGCUAGUCAACAAGCUCCCGUCUUUCUUCGCGGCCAUGUCGGCAACGUCCUUGGUGCCAUCCAACAUGAGCCCGUAUAUAAACAAUGCUCUCAGUCGCCUCAACCCGAAGAUCUACCCGUCGUUCUCGCAGAUGUUCUCCAUGCAAGGAAACGCUGUGCUGUCCGACGUGCGACAGGAGUUUGUAUUCGCUUGUGCCUCGCAUAGAUUGGUUCCCGAGCAUGACAUCGAGCGCCUGCUGGGAGAGCCCCCUAUGCAAGCUCCCCGGGUUGGAUAUAUCAAAGACGAUCUUGUCACGCAGAUCAACAGCCACCAUGAGCGCGCGGAACAGCUGAUCGGGGAGAUUGAAUCCACCGAGGGCAACGCUGGUGCUAUUGUCGGGGCCAUUACAGAGGUCAUGCACAAUCUUUGCAGUCAGAAAGAAACAAUGACGCUGAAGAACAUCUGUAAUUCGUUGUCCCGUCGGCCCCAGGCCCUGGACGUGAUUCUUCUCUUCCGAAGUCCGAAGCAGAUGCUGCAACCCCUGUGCGAGUUGCUGGAUUCGUGGCAUUGGGACGAAGACCAGGGAGAAAGUCAGCCGGUCUACGACGAGUUUGGCAGCAUUCUGCUGCUGGUGUUGACGUUCAACUACCGAUACAAUCUGCAUCCGCAUGACCUUGGCAUUGUGGGCAGCGACUCGUUCGUCUUGCGGCUGCUGGAACGCGGGUCUUGCAGCCAGAAGCUCGAGGACCUCAGCGACAAGCAAAACAAGAACCUCGGCGCGUGGAUUGGCGCUUUAUUCAUCGCAGAGGGCAUCAGCGAGGAGACUAUGUCAGCAUGCAGCCCGCAGGAGUUCUAUCUCCUGGUCUCUACGUUAUUCGACCAGAGUCUGACGGCCUGCGAAGCGGGCAAGGUGGAAUUUGACACCCUCAAAGGCGGAUUUGAAUAUCUCCUGGAGCCUUUCCUCCUCCCCUCCCUCGUAGUCGCCCUGACCUGGUUAGGCAAUCACAUCUGGGAAACUGAAAGCGAACCCACCAUCCCCAUCAAAGCCCUACAGUCCCUGGUCAACCCCAGCUCCAUAUCCGGCGAGGCACGGGAAAUCCACCGAACAGUGCUUAACAUCACGGCGCGCUCCCUGGAAAGCCAACUCAAGGACGUCCGCGCGCGGCACCCCUCCCGCGCAGACAUCAAACCCAUCCUGGACGCCCUCGAGCCAUGCCUCUCCUUCCAACGAACAGGAACCAGCCACCGCUCCGAGCUAGAAACCUGGACCACGCACCCCGGCGGCGGCCUCCUCGACAGCAUCCGCAACACCUUCCAAUCACUCGUUUUCUGGGGCUCCAGCCCAGACGUCACCAUGGAGCCACCAUCCUACACCCACCGCCAGCUCCUCUCCGGCAUCCGCAUCCUCGGCGCCCCGCGCGUCCUGCACGCCCUCCUCGACGAGAUCAAGCUCCAAACAGAGACCGGCAACGGCGAUAUCGCGCUCGAAAUCGGCGCCGUCAUCGUAUGCGCCCCGCUCCCGGAAUCCUUCGCCGUCGAACAAAACAGCUUCCACCCCGUCGACACGUCCAAGGAACCCGCCCCCCGCUGCCCGAUCCUCACCCUCCGCGACGUCCUCUUCCUCGCUCACGACUCCGUCCCCAAACUGUCAGAGAAGGAGCCGCUGCGCGCAGAAGUCCUCGUCCGUCUCUUCCGCCGCGUCAACACCCUCAUGGCCCCGUCUCAGACCCCCAACCUCGACGUCACGAACAUCAUCCACAACAUGUCUCUCCCCGUCGGCGACCACGCCCGCAUGGACCUCGACCUUCCGGGUGAUGGUCCCGAUCCCGGCGACAAUGAAGAUAGCGACCAUCUGAACCGGAUGCUGGAUAAUGCGGCUGCUGCGGCGGCGGCGGGUCUCGAUAGCGGUGUUGGGCAGGGGAUGGGGAGUCAGCUGGAUACGAGUAUCGAUGAUAUGUUGAAUGCGGCUGUGGGAGAGGCGGAUAUGACGGUUGGGAAUCCCGAGUUUUAUGAUUUGGAUAGUAUGGAGGGGAUGUUCUAG